UUAUAUGCCAAAAUUCAGGGCCUGGUUGUUUGAUUGACUAACCAUGCCACCCUUUGCCACACCACAAGUCGGUAAGUUUUGACUGAAUGUGAGGUGGCAAGGCACAACUGUGGCACCAACCAAAAUACCCACAUAAGCAAUUGUUGCGUGCCUAGGAUUAGGCAUUGCAGGCUUUGGCUGGGAACAGAACCCCUUAAUCACAUGUUUGGUUCAGAGCCACACUUGUAACAAUAUUCCUUUCCUGCAACACGGGUCUGACAAGUUUACCUUAGCCUGUCAAUGUGUGGCACCCAUUUUGAUCGUCCCAAGUUUAGCAAAGUGUGGCACCCAUUUUGAUCGCCUAACCUUAGUCAUGUUUGGCAUAAAUAAGUGUGGCAAAUGCUGGUAACCUUAGUAUACUAACCAACCAGGCCCUACCAAUGUCAAGGAUGCACCAGCUUUUCAUGAGAACCCUUAUUGUAAGGCGCUAAACAAUGCUAAGGAUAUUCAAUGUAAGAUGCACCUGGAAUAUAGAGAAAUUGUGGCACUGAUAUACUCAUAUGUAUCACUAAACAGUUGCAGAAAUGAAUUAUGCUGCAGUUGAUCGUGCUGAUGUUGAGGGAAAUGCUAAAAAUGGACCUGUUGUCAGGCUGUCUUUUGCAUCGCUGUUUGAUGCUCUUGGCACAUGCUUAAAAGAUGAGAGCUCAGUUUUGUUGCUCUAUUCUCUGGUCCAUGGGAACUGCGAUUUUCAGGAGUAUGUUCUGGUUCGAACAGACUUGGAUAGUUUGCUUAUGCCUAUCUUUGAAAUGCUCUACGAUGCAUCAAGGAAGACUUCCAAUCAGAUCUACAUGCUGUUGAUAACUCUCCUGAUACUCAGUCAAGAUUCAACCUUCAAUGCUAGUGUGCACAAAUUGGAUGUCUACCUUCACACAAACUGUCUUGUAAUUCUAGCAAUCAUGGGACCUCAUGCGCAUAGGCUGAGUGCAUAUGCAUCUCGAAGGCUGGUUAGCCUCUUCGACAUGCUUCCUCGCAAGUACGCCAAAUUAGCUGAGUUAAAAAAUGACAAUGCUCUCAAAGUUAUGUCUGAUCAAAUAGAAGCAGACAUCACUUCAGAUGAUAUGUUUAGUUCUCAUAAUUCCUUUCUCUCCUCUCGAGUGGGCCUUGGGCUAGCGGUUCAGGGAUCAGAUGCUUGGCAUUCGAAGUGUGAAGAAUAUGGUUUCGCUGAAGGUGUUAGUACAAAGGCUCCUGCAACAAGUGAUGCAAAUGCAAGCACCAAUGAAGAUGACACGAAAACAGUAUCUUCGAAUCUUUCAUCAUCAAAAACGGAAAGCACUCAGUUAUCAAGUGGCACUGAUGUAUCACCUGGGAAACAAAAAAAACUAAUGAUUCAUAAGGGCUUUUGGUUCACAGGCUACUUAUUGUUGAUCAUUCUAUCCAUGUUUCUACCUUCGUCCGAGGCAAGGCAGAUUGUACAGCUUUCAGAGUCCGACUUUUGCAGCAAUCAUUACCUGUUAUCUAGUAAAAUUGCAGUAGCAUGCAUUUCAACACAGCCAGAACCUAUUUGCUGUGAACUUUUAGUGCCAGCAUUGGAUUCUAAAGGCUGUAUUUGCAAGUUGAUGAGUGACGGUACAGAAUUGGAUAACUUUCUCAUGAAAUAUACGUUGUGUGGAGGGCAACAUCCGGAAUUACUUGAAGAUGCACAGAAUUGCUCAUCGGCACCAACACCGACAGUGACUGAAGUUGCUCCGACCCAGAAGAUACCUAAAGUGGCUAUUAUUGCUAGCAAACCAAAGAAUGUCAAAUCUCUUCGUUGGCUUUUGGUGCUCUUACUGGCUGUGGUGCUAAUAGGAUUGCUAUUCUGGGGUACUCUUGAGCUGAAGAAAAGACGAGAAGCUAGGAGAGUUGGACCUCAAACUCAAGAAGUUCAGUUAGGUAGUAGAGUGACCAUGCAGACACGGCAAACUGCAGAUGAUUCAAUACGUAAUCAACACGUUGACAUUCCUAUUCUUGAAGAUCUGCCGUUUCUUGGUCCGAUGACGAGAAGUCGUUUCAUUUCAGUGAAGGACAGAGCUGCGGGAACCAAGGAAUCAACUAGUGACUGAGCUUGAACACACACGGGUCUGGUCAGCUUGAACUUGGAUUUCUUGCAUGCAGUAGUCUGCCGUAGACAGUCCAGUUAGCUGCUCAGGCAAUGCUACAGGGUUACAGUCCUCAUCUAUGUUGAUCUCAAGAAGUUCAUCUGGCCAUAUCAUCACUAUCCCUGUCACAAUGCAGAAUUUUGAUCAAUUCAACACAUGAUCGUUGUACACUAUCCCUGUCACAAUGCACAAUGCAUAUAUCAUGUUUCUGAAUUUCCUGGAUGAUCGUUGUACAAUAUCUCAAUGCAACAGAAAUCUUCAGAAUACUGUAUAACCGAACAGGGACAAAAAUAUUUCUUUACUUUCUGUCAUAUUCCUAGCCUGACACGAUCAUUGUACACUAUCCUUGUCACAAUGCAUAUAUCCUGUUUCCGAAUUUCUUGGAUGAUCGUUGUACAGUAU